AUGUUAUCAAUUCUUCGUAUAAAUUAUCAUAAACUAAAAUAUGUCUCGAGUUUAAUAAGAAAUGUUUCGUACAACAAACCAAAUUUUAAGACUGAAAUGGACAAAUUCAAUGGUUUGACUGUAGUUUCAGAUAAUAUAGACUGCAACAAAAAUGAUUUUUCUUAUAAUUUAACAGAGGCUUUAAAAUGUUGGUCUGAAGAAGGUAAAAGAUGCAUAUGGUUCAAAAUCAAGAUUCAACAUUCUGUUUUCAUUCCUAUGUUAGCAGAGAAAGGUUUUCAUUUUCAUCAUGCUAGAGAUGACUUUGUGAUGAUGUAUAAAUGGCUGCCGACGGACUCGGAAUCAAAUUUACCACCACCUUGCCACACCAAUCUUGGUGUUGGGGCAUUAGUUUUAAAUAAAAAUGACCAGUUAUUGGCUGUAACUGAGAAGCACUAUGAUUACCCUCAUUGGAAGCUUCCAGGAGGGUAUGUUGAGAGGGGAGAGGACAUAAAAGAUGCUGCAGUUAGAGAAGUCAGGGAAGAAACUGGAAUAGAAUCAAUUUUUGAAUCAAUAAUAACAUUUAGGCACACACACAACAUGAUGUAUGGGAAUUCCGAUAUUUAUGUUUUGCUUAUGAUGAAUGCUGUCACAGAAGAAAUUAUACAAUCACAAAGAGAAGUUAAAGAUUGUAAAUGGAUGCCGAUUGAAGAGUACACAACCCAUCCUCAUGUACAUGCCUUAAACAGGUACAUUGUGAAGGAAGCUCUUAAAUAUAGAGAAAGGAAGUUUAAAUUAGACCUAAAGACUCAAACAGUGACAUGGCCAGCAGCAACCCGAGUCAUGACCUAUUUAGUUGCUAUUGGAUAUGAUUAA